AUGAGCAACGCUUGCAUCCAGGCACAUUUACCUGUGUUUGUGCCUGUCACGCCGUCACGCCACAGGAACAUUCAUCCGUUUAUGGUGCAUUUUCACUCCGCCACAUCGUUCUCGCGUUGUCACAGCCGCUCUGUAGCCUCACAAGGCCUCAUUAAAGUCAUCUCGGGAAAAAAGGCGUCCUUUUACCCAGGCUGUUCCCCUUCCAGAGUCUUCCCAGGGAUCGCCAGCCGUGGCAGCUUUCCUGAUCCUUUGACACAGGAGGUGCCUCCUUAUUAUUCCUCUGUCCGGCUCCCACGCAAAAUCAAGAACCAUUGCGAAUAUGUUUUCUCAAUAAUAACGGUCCUUCGGACAUCUGCCGAAUUUCCCCGGCUAUUCUCCAUGUUUUCGGUAGCCAUCACAAGCGCCGCCAACCCGCGAUCUGCGCGCCUAGAAACGUCAUGUCCAACCCGGGCUCAGCGGCGGAGCUGA